AGGUUGAAGUGGAAAGGGAGCAUGGUUUGGGGAAGUUGGUGAAAUAAAGUCAUACAAAUUUGGGCAUUUUCUUCAUAACCUCCCUCCUCAUUGAUUGUGAUCUGGAAACCCCAGAUUGAAUUCAGUCAGUUCUUCCUUUUGAUUUAAUUUUCAUUUCUUUUGUCAUAAACUUCAAGGGAUCCGGAUCGCUGAAUUCUCUCUUCUCAUUCACUCCCGAUCAAUUCUUCUCAAAUUCUGUUCAAUUCGCCCCACUUCGAUGUUCUUAGGGUUUAUCCAUUGAAUGUUAGUUCAAUUUUCAAAAUCUCUCUUCCUUUCUGCCAAAUCUGGAUUUGUUGUUCCGUCCAACAGGUUCUUGCGAAGACUGGGAUCCUUCCGUCGGGAGCCAAAUUGGCGCUCUAGGUCAAUUGAAGGGUCUUUCGCGAAGAUGAUUAGUCUGUAAUUUUUGAAGUAUUUUCGAACCGGGCUGGCUAUUAGACACAAUGCGUAUCUUUCCACUCAGAUCUAGCCCGGACGACAAGGAGCAGGGCGGCACUCAUGCUUCGCUAUAUCUUAAUAUCUACGAUCUUACUCCCGUAAAUAACUAUCUCUAUUGGAUUGGGCUCGGAAUCUUUCACUCGGGUAUUGAGGUUCAUGGUAUGGAGUAUGGCUUUGGAGCACAUGAAUAUCCUACCAGUGGGGUGUUCGAGGUCGAGCCAAAAAGUUGCCCCGGAUUUAUCUUCCGAAGGUCAGUGUUAUUGGGAAGCACUGAGUUGUCUCGUGUCGAAUUUCGAUCAUUCAUGGAGCACCUUUCUUCAGAGUACCAUGGUGACACAUAUCAUUUGAUUGCCAAAAAUUGCAACCAUUUUACGGAAGAAGUCAGCAAGCGACUAACUGGGAAGCCCAUUCCUGCAUGGGUGAAUCGACUUGCUCGAUUAGGUUCAUUCUGCAAUUGUCUUCUUCCUGAAAGCAUCCAAGUUUCAGCAGUGAGGCACCUUCCUGAUCAUCCAGCAUAUUCUGAUGACGACGAUGGCUCAGAAUCUCUUUCAUCUUCAAUAUCAGCAAGGAGCGAUGAGGAAGAAUCGAAUCAUCGUUUACUGAUGAGUCCCAACGGCGACGUAGCAUUCGUAAAAGAGAAGCCAGUGAAGCUAUCUCGAGAACCUGUUUAAUUCUUUUACCCUUUUGUUCCAACUUCUUUGCUUGAUCUAUUUAUUGUUCUGUUUGUAUCUGUGAUAUGUAGUAUUGAAUGUAUAACUUGAUCAGGCCAAACUACUUGAGAUCCUAAUGUUUUAAGUGAUAUGAUGAUAAUAGCUUAGAGUUGUAUGCUGUCAGCAUCAUUUGGAGAAUGUUAAGGUGAAAAAUCGUAGCUUCAUGGUUGUUGAAAUUGUAAUCAUAUAUACAAAAUGCCUACAGAUUUCAGGAA